AUGUCAAAAACACCACAAGAUAAUGAAAAAAAAAGGAGCCAUACCACUAAACAAAAUGUCCAAAUAGAUGAGCUUAGUACUUGGGAUGUUAAAGGAAAAAAUCAACAAGUGAUUACAGGAUAUAAAAAGAAUGAAGAAAUGAAUAAAAAGAUAAUAGUAGUAACUGGAGAUAUUACUAAAAUCCAAGCGGAUGUUGUUGUGAAUGCAGCAAAUUCUUACCUAAGAGGAGGUGCUGGUGUUGAUGGAGCUAUUCAUAGUGCAGCAGGUUAUGAAUUAUAUGAUUAUUUGCGUUCUCAUUAUAAACACUGUGACACUGGAGAUUUUAAACCAAGUCCAGGGUUUAAAAUGCCAUGUAAAGAAAUAUUACAUGGAGUAGGACCAAUAGGUGAGAAUGCUAUUCAAUUACAAAGAGUGUAUGUCAGAUGCUUGGAAUAUGUUAGAUUAAAAGAAUAUAAAAGUAUUGCAUUUCCAUGUAUUUCAACAGGAAUUUUUGGGUAUAGUAAUGAGAAGGCAUGUCCAGUAGUAUUAGAAGUAGUAAGAGAUUGGUUAGAAGUUAAUCCAUUGUGGGAUGGUAAAAUUAUUUUUUGUUGUUAUAACUUAACAGACCUCAAUAUUUACUCUAAGUUCUUACCCUAUUAUUUCCCUACCACAGAGUUUGAGGAUAAUGAAUCAAAAAAUAUUUCAGAUGAAGUUGUUAAAGAAAAAAUUAAAUCAAAUAAUAAAGAUCUUGAACAGGUAAAAAUUAGUUGUGAUCAAGACAUAGAUAAGAGUUUAAGACAAAGAAUCAAUAUCAAUAAAAAGAUGUUUUAUUAUUUAGAUAUAAAAGAUUAUGAUUUAACUGUCAAAGAACAAGAAUUAGCUAUUGAAGAACAUUCAACAUUAUUUAAAGAAAAGUAUGUUGAAGAAAGAAAAGAUAUUGAAGGGUUAUAUCAAGCAAAAGAGUUAAUUUAA